AUGAUGCCUCUAAAUGACUCCAGCUUCCCAUCCACAUUUUUCCUGACUGGUAUACCAGGACUGGCUUUUGCACACAUCUGGAUUUCGUUGCCCUUCUUCUCCAUGUUCUUUAUGGCUGUGACUGGGAAUUGCAUCCUGCUCUUCCUGAUCUUCACAGACCGUAAUCUACACCAGCCCAUGUUCUUCUUUCUCUCCGUGCUCUCCUCUGUUGACCUGGUCCUUUCUCUCUCCACUCUGCCCAAGAUGCUCACCAUCUUCUGGUUUGAUGCCACAGCCAUCAACUUCCAUGCCUGCCUUGUUCAGAUGUUUUUCAUACAUGCUUUUUCUGCUAUGGAAUCGGGGGUGCUGGUGGCCAUGGCAUUGGAUCGCUAUGUGGCCAUCUGUAACCCCCUGCGCUACUCCUCUAUUCUCACCCCAGUGGUCAUUGCCCAAAUUGGGGGUCUAGUCAUGCUUCGGGGCAUUGGACUCACUGUCUCAUUCCCAAGUCUGGCUAGACGUUUGCCCUACUGUGGGUCACAUGUCAUUGCCUACACCUAUUGUGAGCACAUGGCUGUGGUGAAACUGGCGUGUGGGAACACCACAAUAGACAACAUCAAUGCCUUUGUUGUGGCACUAUUCCUGGGUAUUGGUGAUGUAGCCUUCAUUGCUUACUCCUAUGGGCGCAUCCUACAGACAGUAUUGAAUUUCCCUUCACAUGAAGCCCGGGCCAAGGCAGGCAGUACGUGCACUGCCCACGUUGUUGUCAUUCUUUUCUUCUACAUGCCGGGCUUCCUCUCUGUCAUAAUGCAGCGCUUUGGUCCACCCACCGCCUCUGCAGUCAAAGUCAUCUUUGCCAAUCUCUACUUGCUCUUCCCACCUGCUCUCAACCCUAUCAUCUAUGGGGUCAAGACAAAGCAGAUUAGGGAGAGACUGCUGGUGAUCCUGAAUCCCAAGCAGAUCAACCCCACCUGA